UUUAACACAGCGCGAUGGCCUGAAGUGGACAGCACGCACCUGCACGCUCUUCAACCUUGUUGUUUUCUUUCUUGUUUGCUUUGUCUAUUAAACGCCGACAUCUUUAUUUGCGUCGUCGCACGGUCAGAUAAAAAACAAAAGCAAGUUUUUUGGCUGGUAAUAAGUACACUACUUGGAGAUCAUGACUUCGAAGACAAGCGCGCAACAAGUGCGCUAAAAACAUAUCGCGUCACUUAUUGGGAUCAGCAACGAUUAGGUGUUUAUUUUGAUCCCCGACUGGGAUCAUAGAACCUUUGCGCCUAUUCAUUGUCACUCUUCGAUUGUUGCCAACGUUGUGUUUGAUUUUUGAGCUGCCUCGUUUCCUUGGCUGCCACGGACCAUGCCGGAUAACCUAUGAUUCACAUAUAUUUCUCCCAACUUUGAGAGGUUUGGUUCGACAGCAGCAGGUGUAGCCUCACACCUGAGACCAAGAAUAUGGGCGCAAAACCAAGUAUUCCUGCCCCUGGCACUGGUGGCCGGGUCAGAGCAUAUUCUAGCUCAGAUGUCCCUUCAUCCACUUCUGGUAGCGGGUCAGGUAGGACUACUGGACUGAGAAGUGCAACAGGGAUUUCUCCAGCGGAACAAAGGGUAAGAUACCAAGGGACAAGACCGAAUUCAAUUCACCAAUCCUCGGUCAACAUACCAAACAGCAGUGGACAUCGAAGUGCUGACGAUGACACCGAUGGCGAGUUGGACCUACCGGGCAGGAGUCGGCUACUCAUAGGCUCUUUGCCAGCUCACCUAUCACCGCACCUUCUUGGAGGGUUCCACUGCCCGGUGUGCUCCAAGUUUGUCACAUCUGAUGAGAUGGACCUGCACCUUGUCAUGUGUCUCACCAAGCCCAGGCUCUCAUAUAAUGAGGAUGUGCUGAGUAAGGAUGCUGGGGAGUGUGCAAUAUGCCUGGAGGAGAUGGAGCAGGGGGACACUAUCGCCCGUCUGCCUUGCCUCUGCAUUUAUCAUAAAGGAUGCAUAGACGAGUGGUUUGAAGUCAACCGAUCGUGUCCAGAACACCCGUCAGAUUAAAUCAGAGAAUUAAAAGAAGAGCAGAGAAUCGUCUCCACUUACACCUGAGGAAGACCGGGAGCUUGUGAAGUCCAUAGCCCUCCUUCCUGUUCAUGAGUCGCAUCAAACCAAAGAGGCUUCAGUGCUCCCGAAACAGUGCCAAAAAUGGGGUGAGGGGGGAAAUCCUACCACCCCCUUUAGUAAAGUUAAUCCAAAGCCAUUUCUUUUUGUUGUUUUGGUAAUGUACUCCCGCAUCUGGGUUGCAUUUCUCGAAACCAUAGUUGCUAACUACGUUAGCUACUAUGUUGUUUGCAAUGCAAUUUCCCAUUGGCAACCACCCAAGUUGCUAACUGGCUAACAACUGCACUUUCGAGAAACGCACCUCUGAAUCCACUUCAUUUCACACAUUCAAGUCUUUGUAGUGUCUGUGAAGAUUGUGAUGACCAUAGCCAUGGCCAAGGCUACAUAAUCACUGACUGGUCAACUGGCCACUGAACUGACCAUCAGAGGGGGUCGAAAGGGACUGAAAUGAAACUCUUGAUUGGUCUAAGCCAGGGCAUGACCAGCCAAUUAAUGAAUGUUUCAAACCACUUUUGAUCAUGGACGAGAAGAUAGCGUCUGGUAGUGCCCUGAUAGUCUGUCUACUACUUUUUUGCAUGAAGGGCACAGCCACACAAGGACUCGUAAUCAGGGAAAGAUGUACCUAUUGUCAUUAGAUACAAACAGAACUCUUUUGUGUGUGAAUCACUGUUGCCAACAUAACUGAUGUGAAUGUGGCUGUAUGAUUAAAUGAAGAGGAUUUCCAAUGUCUUGUAGUAGUAUAAUUAGCAGUGGGAGGUCUUUGAAGCACAUUGAUUUGACGAUAUGACAGGUUUGACCAAGGUACGAUUUGUCAAAAAAUAAGGGAGUGGAAUGUUUUUUGUUUUUUUUUAAGAUUUAAAGCAACAUCAAUGGACUUGCACUUGUCCUCGUGAAAUCAAUGUCCAACAAAAAUGUAAAAUGUAAAAAUCAGAAGGGCAGAAGUUCCACCUUCAAAUUGAACCCUGGGUAUGACCAUGGCAUUGCUUUACGCUGACUGUUUAUCAGUACUGUAACUGAGUAGAGCACACAUCCACACCCAUAGACAACAUUGACCAUCCUUGGCUAGAUUAUGUGACAUGAGGUUCGCAAAUCAAUAUCAUGCCUCCUUUCCUUUCCUUUGCCCUUGUGAAACAAGGCUUGAUGUCAUUGAUGAUCGGAGGGUUUUUUCCCAACAUCUUACAAAAACAUAAUGCUGAAUAUAUUCUCUCCUUUGCAAUCAGAUAUCGAAGAGGGGAGAGACGCGAUGCGUUGUUUGAAAGUAUAGGAGGGGAGGAAGGACAUUGAUUUGCACCCUAUGGUAUGAAAGAAGUGCCAUUCUGCUGUGAGAAAUAAUGCUGCUGCAUACACAUCUUGUAUAUUUUUGUGUAUGUUUUUUUUUUUUGGGGGGGGGGAUUAUGAGAGAGACAAACCAAAGAAGAACACAAACCUUCUGUUUUAGUUAUUUAAUCAGAGUCCACCACAGAUUUCAAACUUUUGUAUAUAAAUUAAAAAAGAGAUAUGUACAUCUGCAAAAAAAGCAAUCAUUGAUUGAACACAGUACACAGCAAAUAGUAGGCCUAGAUGACAUGAUGACUGUGAUGUGUGAACAGAAUGCUGUUUAAACUAUUUUCUGACCACUGUUAAUUUCUCAUGUUGUACUGUAGUUCUAUCUAUCAGUGUCUUUCAGUUAUAUGGAGCACAAGGGGUCUGCAAAGGUAGAUAUCCUUUGUUAGUCAUAAUAACACAGGAAGCAUUAAUAACAGUGCUCUGAAACUUGAUUGAGAUUUUGACGUAUUGAAUCUCCCAAGUGAGCUGCUACAGCUGUUUCUGUUUCCUUUCUAUACCUUGACCCUGAUGACGGUUCAAAUAAAGUUAGCUGUACACAAAAGGUUGUGUGUCAGUGCAGUCGUGUCAUCGUGUACAUUCAUUGCAUUGCAUUACUUUGCUUUUUUUAAUUAAUCUAUUUCCUGAGCUUCAGUCAUUUUCUAGCUGAGCUAGCCACAGUGGCUUAAUCAGGGAUUUGAUUGGCAAUGUUUUUUUGUUUAAACAAAAAAAAUGCAAUUCCUUUACAGAGCACAAUGUGUGUCACAUAAUUUCCUAUAGUGAUACAGUAGUGGCUUUAUGCACACAUUCCCAGGCUGGAAAAUCAGAUAUUCCCAAAUCACAGGCAUGGGAAGUGCUGUGGUGCACUGCACCAAUGCAUUGUGUUCCACCAUAAACAUAGCCAUUGACAGCAAAGAGACUUUAACGUAAAAAAAACUUUAGAAGUUUUACUUCUGAUGUCCAACGUUUGUUUUUGUCAUACCCCCAUAUCUAUUUUUCUCUUUUCCACACUUUGAAAUGUAAGAUUUCCGCCCUUUUUGUAUUGAAAGGGACUAUUGAAAUGAAAUGUAUUUAUACAUAAAUGAGCCAUUGCUUGACCUGCCUUUGAGUCCAGCCUGGAUCACACAGUAUAACCCACUAACAUAAUCAGGUGCAAAAAAAAAAAGCCCUAAACAAAUAAAAAUCAAGUAUGCUUUACAUGUAGCGCUUCUUUCAUGAGGGUACAGGGCAUUUUCCUCCACCAGCAUUUACUACAUUUCCUGGACAGGAAGCAAAGACAACCAAACCCAAAUCCAGUCUACAGUCCCAGGAAAAAGUUUGUACACCCUUUGAAAUUUCUUACCUUUCUGUCAAAAU